AUGGAUUUCGAAAAGAUUAAACCAGCCAUUUUUGAACAGCUUGAUAGCCAAACUAAUUUGCUUAAUGGAAUUCAAAAGAGCGUACAGCAGCUGGUUGAGAAACAACAUGUAAUAAAUGCAGAAAACGUUGAUACGAAUUCGUUGAAAACAAUUUCACCGGUAAAUGUAAACAAAGCCAUUACAGUUACAGAUGUAGUUGAUCAUCUCAGGUUAAGUCAGGUGGAAGUAGUUUCAUGUUUCCCUGCGUUCAAAAAAGACAAAAAUGGUGUCAAGCCAGAUGAUUCGCAGCCCUCCACUUCCUUUCGACUCUGUGUGGAUGCCAAGUACUCGGAUAUGAUUAACAAGGAAUGUACCUGGCCUGAACAUGUGCGAGUUAGAAACUGCAACAACAUAUCUCUGACAGCCAUGAAACAAACGACGUUUGGCGUAAAAAAAAGUAAUGACAAAAAUAAUCAUAAAGAGCAUGAGAAGGUGAGAAGGUGUGGGCCUGCAGUCUGGCAGUUGUUGGUUCUGAGCCAGGAUUAA